AUGCCGCACUUCAUUUUGGCAGUCCUUGUGACCCUUUCCGUGAAGGCAUCGCGGUGCAGGUGUGAGGUGCCAGUUCCCAAUGCCUUCAGCUGCCGCGAUUUGGAAGUCUGGGGCCAAUUCCUGGAACUCUUGCAGAGCAAUGCUGCUGCAGGAUUUCCCUUGGACUCAGAGCUCUUCGAAGUGGCAGAUAUUCUAGUGGUUCAGUUCCAGACGCAGCCUGACGAGGCACACCCUCCGGAGGGCUUCUUCAACUAUUUAUGUGGCGGUCCAACUGAGACGUGGCCACUGCCAAACAAGUUCUGUUUGAUGGGUUACGCCAGUGCACUCUUUGUGCGCGCACGGCACUUGAUGACUAUGGGCCAAGCAGAAAGGGAACCUGCCAACUCUGACUUGGCCUACAUUGAACCAAUCCUGGGGAAAGAGAUUAGUUUGGACUUCCUAGAUUCUUCACCCUGGCCAGUAUCAAUUCUGGACGUCUUCCUGAACAUCAACCAGACAGAGUUCUUGACAUAUGCACAGUAUGCUAGCAAGAAUUCAGUGCGUGCCCCUGCUGUUCCCUUGGAGUCGAUACACUGGCAGAUGCCCGCGGAUAUCAUGGAGAGGCUUGCAAGGCAAGCAACGCCCAGAGACAUUUCAGUGGCGGUCUUUGGCACCCAUGCGACACUCUCCCUGGAACCUGUGGAUAUGCUAGGUCGUUCCCAGAAGAUCUUCAAGCUCAAGGCCACUUUUUUUGGUGUGGAGCCUCGGUGGUGUGAAAUCUUGGGUCUGUGUGACCUUGGUGACAGCGGUGUGACACGCCUUCUACGAGCUGCCGGGGAGGACCCCUUUGCGUACCCAUGGGACCUGAUGUCCAAAGGCCUGGCAGCAGUGCCCUUGCAGAAGUACGCCCUCCUGAUCUGCACCGAGCCGGUAGCAGGUUGCCUUAUGUUACGGCAGUUGAGCAUUAAGAUGGGACAGCCUCUUCCAAUGCUUGGCUACUUUGGUGUUGCACUCCUAAAUGGCUGCCCACCGCAGGACGUGCCAACUUUCUGGGAGAACUUCAAGGAGCUCUUUGGAAACAGCGCCAAGGCCACUUUAGCGACAAACAAUUUGAUUCUUUCUGAGCAGAUUUUCUACCAAACCGGCCACCGUCUUCCAUAUGUGCGUGCGCAUGGUCUUUACACAGAGGUGACGUACUCCCCGCAGAUGAUUCAGCAGGUCCUGUUUUGGAGGUCACCACUCUUCGCCUACGCCACACUGCGCUGUGCGCUGUACCGCUUCCUCGAAGGCAUCCCGCAGUACCCACUGAACUUUUACUUCCUGGAGGGAACAGAGAGCGUUCCAUACAAGAAGGCUGCAAGCUUUCGUGCUGUGGCACUACUGCCGCAAGAUCACGCGCUGAUGUCUUUCUUCGAGUUGUACUCGGCAAAUGUUCCGUUGCUGAUGCCUUCUGCAGAGUGGAUGUAUCGGCUGCUCUACAUGCGCGGUCAGCUUUCUGUGGGAGAACGUUGGUAUCAAUCUAUCAUGCCAGGGCACGAGCCGCCCUUCUGCGAGUUUGAGGAGGCGGAUGCCAACACCACGUCUGGCACCCCAACCGCUGCUUGGGGGGUGAGUGCUGCGAAGGCGGCACGCGCUGCAGCAGUUCAGACUUUGCGCCGCAUUGUAACUGCCACGGAUCUGGAGACCGCCAAAAGCAUGGCUGAAGCGACGCUAGGACUCAUGGAAGACCAGAAAUUCUUCCUUGCAGUUGCUGCGAAUGAGACUGACCAGGACUCGGCCACAUCCAUGGGUGUGGUGCGCCGCUCCCACGACGACAGUGGUGGCCACAGUGCCCCGCGACUUCAAAAGAAAGGUGCGCCGUGGCAUCCUUACACUCCCUUCCAGAUGUCUACACGUGACUCCAAUGACUGGACCCGGAUGCGGAAGGGAGGUUGGUGGCUUCGGAGGGGCCAUCGAUUUGAUGCCAUGCGCUACUGGCACCAGUUCUCUGACUUUGCGCGCUUUCCAGGACUGCAAUACUUCGCAACUUGGCAGCACCAGCACGUAAGCCAGGCGCCUUCUUGCAGCUUGCGUGUGCUGGGCCCUGGAGUGAAGGUGAGAACUGAAGCAGGUGAAGCAGGCGACGCUGGCCCAUUCCUCCGCAUUCUGGGCAAAUGCCAUCUUGGAGCUCUAGCUGCCAUGCAAAUGCCCGACACUUUCAAGGGCGCCAGGGCCUGCUGGGAGUUCGAAGUGGGAAGGGCACCAAAAAACUUGCAGAUGGCACGGUCGCGCUACCGAAAUUGCGCUGAAGGAGUGGUGAAGCCAGAUGGAAGCAAGGUCCUCCCAGAUGGAACUCAGGUGUCCGCCGAUGCUGAAGACCUGAAGGCCGCAGAGGAGAAACGUCAAAAACAGGAGGCUCUUGAGGCUGAAGCAAAGGCCAAGAAGGAAGCUGCUGACGAGGAGCACAAACGCAAGGUGGCGGAGGCUCAUGCUGAGGCUGAGCGCCAAGCUGCCGAGCGGAAGAAGGCGCUUGAAGAGGAGCUUCAGAAGAAGUCCAUGGAGGAACAGGACAUGGAAGAGGAGCUUCGUCGCCUUGAGGAGGAGUUGGAGAAAGAGGAGGAAGAGCGUUUGGAGAAAGAGCGCCUUGAAGAAGAAGAAGCGGAUGAGGAAUGGGCCAAAGAAAUGUUGGAGGAGAUGGGAUAUGACGAAGAAGAUGUGCAGGAUCUGGCGGACCAAUUUCGCUUCUUUGACAAGGAUGGCAAUGGCUACAUCGACCGGACGGAAAUUGCUGAGGUCAUGAAGGCCAUGGGAGAAGAGCUGGACGACGAUGAACUCGAUGAGCUGCUUGAAGAAGCCGAUUCAGAUGCAGAUGGACGAAUUGACUAUGUGGAGUUUGCCAAGAUGAUGCUCGGAUGA